AGGAAAUUGUGACUAUGGGCAAACAAUGGGCCUCUGUUUUCUCUGUGAUGUCAGAGUGCAUCCAGGUCCUUACCCAGGCCAAGGGACUAGAGGUUUACUCUUAAUACAGAUAUCUGAGGAAACAUAUCUAUUUUCUCCACUUCUCAAUACAUAGCCCUCUCCAUUGACACUGCACUUUAUCAGAACAGGCUGAAUACUUUUCUCAGUGAUUUUAUUUUGAGUAGACACUUAGUCCUUUAGCCUUCCUUCCCUUUGGAGAAACAGUUAGAAAACUUGAAACUGGAUUGGCCCAGGCUCCCCAUCCAGCACUGAAAGACCCUGUUUUCUUCUCCUCCUGAAACUUUUACUGCUGGAGAGAAGCUUCCUUUACCCUACUGGCUCCUCUGCAAAUCUAGGAGAGGAGGACCCUUGAAUUGAAGCCUACAAAGAAAAUAAAGAAUUCAGGAAGCAAGAGGACUUUAAGAAGGUUAAUUUAGAGAAAAAACAAUUAAGAAGAAAAAAAGGAAAAAAUCCCCCAGGCAGAAUGAGGGAAAAUCUCCAGCAGACCAAUGGGGAGAAGAAAGAGGACAUUAAAAAAUGCAGGCCAAGUUCAGCUACUUCGAAAAGGCUUUCAUCCCCAUUCUAAUAAGGUGAUGUCACCACGUGCCCCAUACCAGAUUGAAUCACUAAAGGAAGAAGACCCCCAGUCAAAGCCUACACUGAUGCCCCGCGUCAACCACAGUACCAAAAACAAGUUCUUUCCCCAACCUGAGCAAAAGACUGCAGCCACAUCCUCUUCAAGCUUCAAACAUCAGGCCAAAGAUCCAUUAUUACCGCCAACUGAGCAGCGGGGAAUGACGGUGUCAUUACCACAGCUUGACCACCCUACCAUAGUCAAGACAUCAUUUAACAAAUACUCGAGCAAAAACCCAAUUUUACCCGUAAAAUGCCCUGACCACCAGGCCAGUACAACUUCUGUGUCUUUAUUACGCCCCAAACAGAGACGAAAUUUUGGAUGUAAUCCAGAGAAUUGGGCUGAGGCACCAUCUCACCCCAGCAAACUUCCUAAGGUUCCAUUUACUCCAAAUCAUCUAUCUAAGAUCCAACAAGGCUUUCACCACCCACCUGAUUCCCUAUUAUAUCAUAGCCAGCACCUCAGGAAUCCGCCCUAUCCUGAGCAUCAGGGCAAUAUUAAACUCUACACAGACAACAAGAAGAAGACAACACCGAUACCCUCAUUGCGUUCCAAAUUUGAAACUAAGCCCACAAAUGUACAAUUACCAGGUAGUCAGCAAGGUAAAGCUGUUGGCCAAAAGGCUAAGACUUCCUUUCCCCAGGACCACAAUCACCAGCUCAGAGUAACAGUUCAACCAUUAUCAUGCACAGACUGUCACUUCAAGAGCAUAGGCAAGCCACUGUCAAGCACUGAUCAAUGGACAAGGGAUGUCAUUAUUCCAUCACCAUGUCCAGUGCAUGGCUCUGCAACAAUGAUGGUGCUGUGCAGAGACUGCUCCAAUAAUUCAGGAAACAUAAGGGCUGUGCCAACGACCCCCCAGUAUUCCUCAUGUCAGUGGAAUCAAACUUCCUCUACAUUGUCUCUUCCUUCCUCUAUCACUGAAUUGCUCUCACCAAAUGCUCAGGUCAAGGAGAUAUCUACACUUUUGCCAUAUCCUGAAAAAGAAGAUGCCCUUGCUAUAGACCCUGAAUGCCCAAUCGAAGCCACACAAGACGAUCAUCAAGAGAUCACAGUUUCAUUGUUGGACCCAGACCACUCAGCUUUACUUCAAAUGAGUCCCAACCAAUGGGAUGACCCUAACCAAUGCACUACAAUAGCUCUACACGACCACAGCCUUGGAGCUAAGAGUGCUUUAAGUCAAGAAAACUGUGUUGAAAUCACACAUCAGGUCGAGACUCAAUUGAACCAAGAUUUUAGGACGAAGUCCCCAACUGACUCUAUGUGCCAAGUAGAGAUUACUAUAGAGUCUGAUCAACCAACCUACUCUUUACCAGAUGAAAAAGAAAAAGUAGAAACCGAAAUGGAAAUUGUCCAGGAAGUUGAGCCUCAAAAGAACCCUUGCGAAGAAGUCAAGGAUAAACCAAUACCCAAACACUGGGAUGAAAUUGCAGUGGUCCCAGAACACCAAGACCAGGUUUUGUCAGUCCAAGACCAUCAGUUGGAAGUUCCAUCAGACCAUUACCAUGUGACCACAUCUCUAUUUGGCCCUGGGUACCAGACUGAGGCUCAACUAGGUCAUGAUCAUUUGUCUAAAAGUGCUAUGGAAAAACCCCAAGAUUUAUGUCCUCUGAAUAUGCCCCAAAAGGCAGUAGAUACACAAUUCCAGCUGCAGCAGGUCAUGUCUCCUCCAUGUCUGGAAAAUCAGCCUGAGACUUCAUCAAAUCUUAAAAUUCAGACCACAUUUUUACUAGACCCUGAUUUAGAGAACAAACUUCCCAAUUCCUCUGAACUCUUGGCUCCUGCAGACUCUAAGGGCCAGGAUAAACCUGAGCAGUGCCCAGACCGCUGGCCUGAAGUACCAAAAUAUUAUGAGGAUGAGGUUGGCUAUUUCCCUAGAGCCAGAACUAAGCAAAAAAUAGAGUCUUCAUUGUGUUUUAGCUACCUCAAACCAUAUACUAUUGAAGGUGGGACUGUUUCCGAUGAAAUUGUUAACGAGAUCAUCAAUUCUAUAUCAGAGGAGAAAAUUAAAAAUGACAUAAUGUUUCUCAUAGAGCAGACCAAAGAGUGCCCUAUUCCUCAGACAGAUCAUAACCUAUCAUCAAGUUAUAAUGUUUGUUUACAUUGUGCCUCUUGGAUCCCGUAUGGCUGCCCCCAUGUUAAGAGAAUGAAUUAUCAUGGUAGAGCAAAACUGAUGGCCAUACCAAUACCCAUUCCUGGUUCUAAAAGGAAGAUGGAUAUUAAAUUUGUUCUUAAACUUCCUAAACAACAGUAUUCCUCUAUGUUUUGCCUCACUUUACCGCGUCAUGGUACAUCUGUCCCAUCAAACCCGUUGCUUCCUUUUCCAUCACCUCCCUGCUCAGACACUACUCUACUUGAAUCACCCACUGAUCGCUGGAAGGCACCAUGGGACACUCGUUCUGGCUAUAUGUGUGGCACAAAUAACUCUUUAUCUUGGACAAAUCAGCAGUCAUUCCUAGGGAGACUUUCUGGGAGGAGCAAUGCCUCCAAUGAAGAAUCAACAAGUGGAUCUGGGGGAGUAUUUAAAUCUCUGCUAGAGAAAUUUCAAAGAAAGCGAAGGUCCAAUUAAAAAGACCAAAUUCUCUUCCAAA